CAGGUGGCCUGUGGAACCAAGGGAACGUAAAAUGCAAAUGGGAGAGAAAGCUUUGUAAAUUUGCUUUUGCCACCCCUACUGAAUUCAUCACCUUUCUCUAAUUCUCAUUCAGCUGCCAAUUUCACUUUGGAAACGGGUUCUUCACAGGCAACAUUUGUUAUGACAUAGGAUUGUUUUUCAAACUUGUUGAUCCUCUCUCUUCAAAAUGAACAUUAAAAGGGUCAAGAAGCUGUCUCAGGCAGGCAUGCUGUUUUUUGCUGCACUUUUCAUUUUUAGCCAGGUUUCACGUGUGGAGUCUGCAGAUGUCACCUACUGGGCAGAGGUCAUGAUUGAGGGAAACAAAACCUUAAAUGUUGCAAGUCUUCUGCCAGAUUUAAUAGGAGUUCUUGACAUGACAACAGGUGUGACUAUCACAGAUGCAGAAAUAGCAGCAGAGUGUGAAAUAAUUGGCCGAAAUACAACAUGCUGGUGUGGAACGGGCUACGUUUGGAGCAACAAUGUUUGUGACAACGUAAACGCAUGCUGCAAUGCAGCCGUUUGUGUGGCAAAUAUAUCAGACUUCACUCCUCUGUGCCUUCCCAAAGUAAAUGUUUCUCUCAUUGGCACAAUGACCGGUAGUGCUUCCAUUUUGCCUCUUAACAUUGAGCCUGCUUUCCGUGUGCUAAACGCCUUCAAUACGUUUAACGGAACUGGCAGCGUUCUCACAGGGUUAAAUACGUACCAGCACAAUUUCACAGUGAAUCUGUUUUCUGUGUUUUCCACUGCCAAAGUGCAAAGCAUAGUCACUACACUGCUAAAUAAUGCAACAUUUUAUUCUCUCAACCUUAAGACACUAGGAAUGGUUUACAUCGAAGCACCCGAAGAAAAGUUGUGCUAUAACGCGAGACAGCAACUGAACUGUACCUGUAUAGAACAGAUGGACUCGUGUAUGUGGCAAAUGACCAGGGAUAGUGAAAGUCCAAUGACCCUGGGACCAGGAAGUCAAGUCAUGCUAUCAGAUGUAUGUACCACAACUUCAACAGUCACACUUCUAUCGACAAAUGGAUUUUGGUCAGGAACGUACAGUUGCCUGUUUACCACUAAAAACAUAGCUCACAUGGCCAUGGCACCCAUUGCGAUCGCACUGUUGCCAGAGGUUAUUAAUGUGACGGCUACCCCACCAACAGCAGACUGCACUUCGACCCCAACCGCCACUGUUGUCCUUAACUGUACGAUUGAGACAAGCAUAGAAACAUAUACAGCUAAACUAAAAAUUGGAGCUGAUGAACAAGUACCAACUACACAAGUGAGCAAUGGCAUCAUCAUGUAUACCGCAUCAUUCAGUAUCGAUUGCGCAGCGGCUACUAAACCACGUUCAUACGAUGCUUCCUGUACAUUAGAGAACACACGGAGUCAGCUACGCAAUCGCACAAUAAAAUUACCAGUAAUAUACCCUGGCGACGGGUUUUGUGCACAGGAAGUGAUUGCAGACAGAACGUGGCCGAAAACGAAGGAUAAUGAAACGGCAACUCUUUAUUGUACUGAAGUUGGAAAACAGGGCGUAUAUACACGCAAGUGCAAUGGAAAUACGUGGGCGGAUGAAAUCUGCUUGUGUGUCAAAGCAGUCUUGAACACAAUCACCUCGCAAGCAUCGGAUUUCGAAAAAGGACUUGGGGCGACACAAGAAAUCGCCGCCUAUAUCUUUGAGAGUUUGAGAAACAACACAGCUGAAGAAGGCGGAAAUGGUAUCGGUGACGUCCGAGCUGCUGUUUCUGUUUUCGAAACUAUGAAGAGUGCGUCAGCAAACAUGCCACUGGGCGAGAACCUUCUGGAAAAUUUCCUCGAGUCAGCCAGCAGUAUGUUGAAUAUAAGCUGGGAUGUAGGAGACAAAACGGUGACCAACAACCUGGCCACUCAAUAUCUGGCAUCCGUGGAAAAUCUCAUGUACAGCAUCCGGAUCAAUAACAGCAAUGGUUACAAUUCUUCCAACAUUCAGCUAGGGAUUUGCCGAGCUGGCUCGUCUUGCAACCAAAGCGUUUUCAACGUGGAUGUCGGCCUGAACGCCACUGCAGAUUUGGUAAAAACCAUGGGAAUACAGAACUUGGCGGACCGCAUGCCAAAAUUGGGCUACGAACAUGCGUUGUUUCCUAGCAUAGUCGUGUCCACCACCGCUGAGAACAGGAGUUCAUCGACAGUCAACAUCAAAAUGGCUUUCCAAACCGAAGAGUCUGGUGAUAUGCAAUGCGUGUUCUGGAACGUCACAGAGGAAAGAUGGUCGACCGACGGCUGCGAGUACGUGAAAAAUCCAGGAGGAACCGCUUACUGCGAAUGCAACCAUCUCACCUCAUUCUCCAUGCUCAUGUCCAAGUUUGCCGUCAGCUUGCCUUUUCUAGAUCAGCUCACUUAUGUCGGGCUGGGCAUUUCAAUCUGCUCUCUGAUCGUCUACAUCAUUAUCGAGGGUUUGGUCUGGAAGACCGUGGUCAAGUCCAGCUUGUCCUAUUUCAGGCACACGGCCCUCAUCAACAUCUCUCUGUGUCUGCUCUUGGCCGACAUCAGCUUCCUGGCUUCCGCUUUCCCAUCGAUUUUGAGUGAAACCGCAUGUCUUAUUUUGGUGGUGGCGAAGCAUUACUUCUUCCUGGCCAUGUUCUUCUGGAUGCUUUCCCUCAGCAUCAUGUUGGCCUACCAGCUCAUUUUUGUUUUCAGCCACAUUUCGAAAAAGGUGUACAUGAUCAUAGGAUACACGCUCGGCUACGUCUGUCCGACAUUGACUGUGGCGGCUACGUACGUGUACUACGAUCAGACCAAACAAGUUGAAUACUUCAGCGUGAAGACCUGCUGGCUUACCUAUCAGUCAGCAAUGGUUGGAUCCAUCUACGCGUUCCUCUUUCCAGUUGGGUUCAUUGUGUUCGCAAACAUAUGUUCCAUGGUGGUGGUCAUCGCGACGGUCUUAAAGCCGUCUGGAGCGGAAGCCGACAAAAAGGCGGACAAAGAGUCAGCGAAAGCCGUAAUCAAAGUCAUUCUCUUCCUCACACCCGUUUUUGGAGGAACUUGGGUUCUGGGAUUCCUGGUUUUCAUAAUGGACGACUUCACACAGUUUACUACCAUCCUCGUUCAGUAUGCCUUCACUAUAGUCAACUCCCUUCAGGGUUUCUUCAUCUUGUUGACGGGAUGUUUUGCAGAGAAGAGGGUCCGAGAUGAAAUAUUGAGAAUAGUUAUGGGGAAACCAGCCAAAGAUGGAAAAUAAAUGAUCUGUACAAGGAAAACACAGACACAAGUACGAGCAUGUAAAACAAUGAAGGACAUGAUAGACCUCAAGAGCUACAGCGGCAGCAGAGGCAACAAAAAUAGGGGAGGGGAGAGUUUGAUGAAGAUCCAAAAGGACUUUUGUACUUUCAAAGACCCAAAAUCUG